ACCGUUUCCACAGAGUGCCCAAGUGCUUGUUCCUUCUUGGGUUGCCAAGCGUUCUCGGUACAGUGGACAUGGCGUUGUCCAAACCCGAGUACAGUGUGGAUGAGCUGAAGCCGAAAGCAGGUGGGAAACCUGUUAAGGGCUCGUCCAUCCCGCUCAUUCUGCCAAACGACAUGAAGUACAACGCGGCCACCGGCGGAGUCGAGAAGGUACCCGACGCCCAACGGACAGGCCUGUACGUCGUUCCAGAGGCCUCGGAUCUACUGGAGGGGAUCGAGGAGCCCGUGAGCGUCCUGGCAAUCUGCGGGCCCUGUCGGACUGGGAAAAGCUACAUCCUUUCCAGGAUGCUGGGUACAGCUGAUGCCUUUGCACUGGGCCAUCGCAUGGACCCCGAGACGUUUGGUAUCUGGAUGGGCACCAAGGUGCUGAGAGGGAAGGACUUCACUAUCGUGCUGCUGGACACGGAAGGAAUAGACGCGGUCGGUGCCAGUGCCGGCCAGGACGCCUCUAUCCUGGUGCUGACCAUCCUGCUGUCCUCCCAACUCAUCUACAACUCUCAAAAUGUCCCGCGCAAGGGAGACCUGGAAAAGAUGCAGUGCUUCAUCAAGCUCGCUACCGGAAUCACAGUGAAACAAGGAUCACGUGACGUGUCAGGUUUCCGUGAUUUCUUCCCAGACUUCCUGUGGCUGUUACGUGACGUAACUCUGAAGAUGGAGAAUGAGGACGGUAAUGAAAUGGAUCCCACCGAGUACCUGACGAAAAAGGUCCUUAAACGCGAUCCUGGAGCUUUUGAAGAGUCACAAAAUGAUAAAGUUGGGCGGGUCAUCCUCACAUUCUUCCCAACUGUGGAGUGCGCCAAAUUGGUGCAGCCUUCGGGUGACGUUGAGGUCAUGAGAAACAUCGCUCAGCACACAGACAACCUGAACCCAGAGUUUAACGAAGGUGUAAACGCGCUCACGGAGAGGCUGUUGCAGAAGUCACGAGCAAAGAGAGGCUACAACAAAGGCUCGACUGUCAGUGGCCUGGCCCUCAGUAUCAUGACCAGACAGUAUGUGGAAGCGGUCAAUGACCCCAACGCCAUCCCUGCCCUGGACAACACCUGGCAGAACACUGUAGAACUCAUGACAAACAAGGCCAUUGAUGAGGCAGUCAUGGAGUACAAAAAACAGAUACAGGAUCGGAUUGCUAAAGCCCGGGCGACUGAGAAUGGGGAAGUUCCAUUGGAGGAAGAUGGGGCAUCCGAAGAAAAUGAAGCUACAGAAAAUGACCUGAACAUCCCCAGACAGCCUACCCUCAUGGACCUCCACCACGAGUCGUUCAAAGAAGUCACAGGCAGGCUUCUUGAGAAGGUCGGCCAUUUUGGAAUCAGCUCAGAGAGUCAGGGUACUGAUGAGCAAAACUCUGUGGCGGAAAAAAUGCAGAAUCGCUUGGUUCAAAGAGAGGAGCGUACAGUGGAUCAUGUGGCAGCCGACGGAAGCAUUCAGAAGAAGGAGGGGUUCGUUGUUACUGGCGGCGAGCUCUUCCAGUACAUCCAGGAGAACAAAGAACUGUCCAGGGGCUUCUGCCAGAAGACAUUCGAACUCUUGUUUGGCCCAAUCAGGGUUAAGGGACAGUCGCCCCCUCCCGAUUAUGACUUCAAACAGCUGAUGGAAGAGUUGGAGCAUGCACACAAGAAGUACUACGAGCAGGCACGUGGUCCGGAGAAGUGGGUUGUCUUGCAGGAGAUGACAAAGGACCUUAAGCAACUGGAAGCUAAUUUUAAUAAUAUCAAAGGAUUUGAGAAGAAGGUACUGGAGGAACAACAGAAGGCACAGGAGGCAGAGAUCAAGGCCAGGGAACAGGAAAGGGAGGCGCAGCAGCUGAACAAACAGAGAGAUGACAUGUUGAAGGCCCAGCAGGAAACUUUGGAGAAAGUACAGCAGCAGCACAAGGAGCACAUGGACAAGUUCGAAAAACAAGAGCUUGAGCGACGGGAAAAGGAGGAAAAGAAGAUACAAGAACUUACAAAUGCACUUAUGCAUGAACAGGCGCAGAUGGCAAAGGAGCGUAAUGAGAGAGAAAAGGAGAAGGCGAUGGAAAUGAUGAAGAGUAUGCAACAGGAACAGGCAGCCAAUAACAGGCAGAUGAUGGAAUUAAUGGGCCGAAUCCUCGAGAAAACAGCAGCUCCGCCGCUAAAUAUGCCCGGGGCACAUUCCAAGUUCGGGUUCAGGGUGGAGGAGCUGCAGCCUAAAGCAGGUGGGAAACCUGUUAAGGGCUCGUCCAUCCCGCUCAUUCUGCCGAACGACAUGAAGUACAACGCGGCCACCGGCGGAGUCGAGAAGGUUCGUGGCAAACGGACUGGCUUGUACGUCGUUCCCGAGGCCCUGGAUCUACUAGAGGGAAUCGAGGAGCCCGUGAGCGUGCCGGCAAUCUGCGGGCCCGCUCGGACUGGGAAAAGCUACAUCCUCUCCAGGAUGCUGGGUACAGCUGAUGCCUUUGCACUGGGCCAUCGCACGGACCCCGAGACGUUUGGUAUCUGGAUGGGCACCAAGGUGCUGCGGGGGAAGGACUUCACUAUCGUGCUGCUGGACACAGAAGGAAUAGACGCGGUCGGUGCCAGUGCUAGCCAGGACGCCUCUAUCCUGGUGCUGACCAUCCUGCUGUCCUCCCAACUCAUCUACAACUCUCAAAAUGUGCCGCGCAAGGGAGAUCUGGAGAAGAUGCAGUCCUUCAUUAACCUGGCUAAAGGUAUCACGGUGAAUCAGGGAAAGAGGACAGACACGUCAGAAGUGUCAGCUCUCCGUAAGUUUUUCCCAGACUUCCUGUGGCUGUUGCGGGACGUAACUCUGAAGAUGGAGGAUGAUCACGGCAACGAAAUACACCCCACCGAGUACUUGAAGACUAAGGUCCUUGGAAUUCAGCACGAAAAAGGGUCAACCAGCGACAAAGUAAGACAGGCCAUCCUUAACUUCUUCCCAUCUGUUGAAUGCGCAACCUUGGAGAGACCUUCUGGGGAUGUGGAUAUCAUGAGCAGCAUAGCUCAUAACACGGACAACCUGAACCCAGGGUUUAACAAGGGUGUAGAGAACCUCAUCCAGAUGCUGAUACAAAAGGCACGUCCAAAGAGAGGCUGCCACGAGGGCUCAACUGUCAAUGGUGAGGCCCUCAGUAUCAUGACCAAACAGUACGUGGAAGCGGUCAAUAACCCCAACGCCAUCCCUGCCCUGGACAACACCUGGCAGCACACGGUAGAACUCAUGACAAACAAGGCCAUUGAGGAAGCGGUUAAGGAGUACAAAAAACGGAUGCAGGAUCGGAUUGCUAAAGCCCGGGCGACUGAGAAUGGGGAAGUUCCAUUGGAGGAAGAUGGUGCAUCCGAGGAAAAUGAAGCUACAGAAAAUGACCUACAGCCUACCCUCAUGGACCUCCACCACGAGUCGUUCAAAGAAGUCACAGGCAGGCUUCUUGAGAAGGUCGGCCAUUUUGGAAUCAGCUCAGAGAGUCAGGGUACUGAUGAGCAAAACUCUGUGGCGGAAAAAAUGCAGAAUCGCUUGGUUCAAAGAGAGGAGAGAACAGUUGAGUAUGUGACAUGUACAGAAGACGGCACCAGCAGGAAACAGAAGAGGUUCGUCGUUACUGGCGGCGAGCUUUUCCAGUACGUCCAGAAGAACAAAGAUCUAUCCAGGGUCUUCUGCAAGAGACUCUUUGAACGCUUAUUGGGCCCGAUUAGCAAACGUGUGGAGUCGCCUGCCGCAGACUAUGAGCUCCAGCAGUUCAUGGAAGAACUAGAUAGUGCACGCCAGCAAUACAAGGAGCAGGCACGUGGUCCAGAGAAGUGGAUCGUUUUGCAGGAGAUGACCCCAAACGUAGACAAGCUGAAGGCCAAAUUUGAAACUAUCGUCUAUCAGAGAAGGAUAUUGCAGGAACAACAGAGGGCACUUGAGGCAGAGCUCAGGGCUACGGAACUCGAGAGCGAGAUGAACAAGCUGAUCCAACAAGCACAGGACGUGGAGCAGAACCGACUGGAAAAUAUGCAGCAAAUGGACCGGUUGUUACAGACGUAUCAGCACGAGAUCAGUCAGUUGAAACACCAGAUAGAAGAACAAAAAGAUGAUGCUCUAAAGACGAUCCAGGAGCUCCAGGCUAAACAUAUGGAGCAACAGGUGGAAAUGGAAAGGGUGCGCAGCGAGAGGGAACUGUCCCGGUUUGACAGGGUGAUUCAGCAGAUGGAGCAACAAAUGGCAGACAUGCAAAGGGAGAUGGAGGAACUGAAGAAGCAACCCCCACGACCGCCUACACCUCCACCCCCACCUCCAAAAGAGCAAAAGUGUACAAUAUUGUAAUCAUGUUCCUGCCACCAACAGCAGCUAUUGAGUAUUUUGCUUGAAAUUUUUCGAUCUG